AUGGCAAGCCGAACAAGCGUAUGGCGAUCAGUCUCCUGGUCCAAGAAGACCAAAAGCCAAAAUAAAGAUUUACCAAAACUCGACACUUCACUCGCAAACACAAAUAAAGAUUCUACUAUUGAUCCUCUUACUCCUCCCUCGUAUUCUCAAGCUAUUUCUCCUGGAACAGUCGUGGAUACGAAUAGAAGGGUCGGCAAUAGAAGUCCUAUUACACCGCCAGAGUCUCCGCCCGGGGGAAUAUCUGUGCACCAUGAGCUUGGAUUUGGUUAUGGAGAAGGAAGUGGAAGUGAUGGAAGGAAUGGAAGUAGUGGAAGCAGUCAAGAAAUCGAGAAACCAUUCCAACGAAGUGUAGCUAGAGAUAUCAAGUGGAUGGUCGAGGGACCGGAUGAACAGAGUCCGAUUUCUGACGAGUGGGAAGAGGAGGUUUGUGAAGUUUCAGAACAGAGUGACGGAGAGGUCGAGGAGAAAAGCGGGGUACAGGGCCAGACUCAGAUUCAGGUUCAAGUGGUGAGUAAGGAUGUGCAGGGGAAGAGUGGUGAGAAGAAGGAGAGGAGGAUUGGAGGAUUGGAGGAUGGAUAG